UUCGAUAUCUUCUCAUUUUGUAAUUUAUCUACUAUAGGAUAAUAAUUAUAGGAUAACUUUGUAUUCUAUUUGUUAACUUUCACAUUGUUCGAUAAUGUCGAAACAAUGAGAGCGUGAAAUAGGAACGGUUUUCGAAUGGAUUAGUUUGAAUUGAAACUUGAUCGAUGAUACAUUACCUUUUACUCUUUAUAAUCAUUUUUGAUAAAUUUUAAUAUGUUUAAAUUAUUUCAUUUAUAUUUUCAUAUAAUUAUUCUCGUUAUUACAAGUGUUUCGAAAAAAGAGUAUAAACUUCCUUCAGAUGUACUCGAAAAAUUAUGGAGAAAGUCAACCGAUGAAAAUUACGGAGGAAUUGCAGUAAAGAAGCAACUAUUCCAAGAUAUUUUUAUGGAAGAUCAAAAAGAUGAUAAAUUACAAUUUGGCUACGUUUGCGAAAAUCCAAUUCAAUGGGAACAGAGAUUCGAAGAAAAAGAUCUUUCGAAUAAUCGUCAUCGUGGAAAGGUUAAAUGGGGCGAUAUGGAUGGUAACUACGGCGAACAUUAUUGGGACAUAAAUCAUAAAUAAAUGUCGAAUAGUGAUAAUUGAAAUGGAAAAUAAAAAAAUAUUAUAAAAAGAAAUAUUAUUAUGCAAAUAGUCAAUCUAUGUAAUGGAACAUCAAUAUAUGAAAUCGGAUGCAUAUUUGAUUAUUUAUUUGAUAUAAUGUUGCAAAAUGAUCAAAAUGUAAAAUGUUACGAUGAUGUAAAAUAGAUUAGUAUUUACGAAAUCGAUCAUUUGGAGAGAGGAUUCGAGAAAAAGUAUUUGGUAUGUUCACAUGUAGGACAACCUUUAUUAUUCAAUACAAUACUAAUUAUAACAUAAUACUACGCAUUAUUACAAUAUUAAUAUUAUUAUAUUGGUUGUAAUCCGAGUUUUUAAUGGUGUUUUUUGCGGCGUGGGUGCGUGCGUUCCGUUGCGUGCAUGCAUGUACGCGCGCGCACUUGUGAUAGUUCGUAUACAAAUAAAUAAAUAAAUACAUAUCUGUGUAUGUAUGUAUAUGUGUAUAUAUAUAUAUAUAUAUUUAUUUAUUUAUUUAUUUAUAAUAUCCUAAACGUAGUGCAUUACAUGUACACGUAUAUAUGUGUAUAUAUGUAUACAUAUAUGAUAUUUAUUAUACCUUUGUAUUAUUACGCAGUACGUGAAUUUAUUUUAUCUCUUAUAUCUUAUAAACUUAAUUCGAAUAGAUAUAGUGUAUAUAGAUAUAUAUAUAGAUAUAGAUAUAUAUAUAUAUAUUUAUAUAUCAUCAGGAUGGUAUAAAUAAUAUUGUAUUUCAUAAAAGCACUUUUUGUUGCUUAUAAUAUUAUCGUUUUUUCUUUCUUUAAAUUAUCGCUUUUUCCUUCCACAAACAUAUGUAUUUCCCCUAACGUUUUUCUUUCGCUCUAUCCUUUCUUGUUAUAUCGUCACGACAUCCACGAAGGAGUAUACUUAUACAUAUACUUAUUUACAUUUCUUAAAAAA